AAAAGGCGUUGGCUGGGAUAGGCUCUCCAGCCCCGCACUUUCUCCAGCCAUAACGAAAGGCAUGGAGAUAGGAUUGGAAGGACCGGCGGAAAGGGCUGUCGUCAUGGCAACGGGAGUCGGAGGGAGAGAGGGGAGGGAAUUCCACGUUCGGGCGACGCCAGGGGGGGGAUGGGUGAGAGGAAGACCAGAAUCGUAACGGAUUCAAUGGGGUAUCGAAUGCGGUGGACGAACGCACGGUCGCCUCAGCUCAGAACGACUGGCAGCUUCAGGAUCAACGAUGAUGGACACUUUAGAAGAAGAAAACUUCGCUCUGGCUAUUUCUUCUCCUUCUGAUGCCGAAUUUGAUGCUGUAGUUGGAUGUAUAGAGGACAUUAUCAUGGAUGGUGAGUUCCAAUUAUUACAGAGAAACUUCAUGGAAAAAUACUACCAAGAGUUUGAAGACACAGAAGAAAACAAACUCAUCUACACUCCUAUUUUUAAUGAAUAUAUCUCUUUGGUAGAAAAAUAUAUUGAAGAACAGCUGCUUGAGAGGAUUCCUGGGUUUAACAUGGCCACUUUCACCACAACAUUACAACAGCAUAAAGAUGAAGUAGCGGGUGAUAUAUUUGACAUGCUGCUCACAUUUACGGAUUUCCUGGCCUUCAAAGAAAUGUUUUUGGACUACAGAGCUGAAAAGGAAGGCCGAAGUCUGGACUUAAGCAGUGGUUUAGUGGUGACAUCAUUAUGCAAGUCAUCUUCCAUACCUGCAACCCAGAACAAUUUACGACAUUAGUUCAUGUUCUCUGGAUGAGAGUUUAUCACCUUGAACAUUCCAAACUUGAAAGAUGGUGAGUGACCACAACGUGAUGAACAACAUACUCAGUGAUUGGGGAAUACAGCUGGAAAAGACUGACCUUGUUCUGGUGCUUUUAAUUAAUGUUAAGUGUAGAGUGAUCAUAAAGAACCCCGCUGGAAUAUUGGAUUCUCACGAAAUAUCCCCAUUAGCCCUGGUACACCAGCCAAAAUGGCCUCAGCUCCCAAGUGCUUAUGGCAGUUAGGGAAAGAGUUGAGAGAGAGAGUGAGUGUGUGUAUGUAUGUGUGUGUGUGUUCGUUCGUGCGCAUGCCCCUGUAUGGGUGUAUAUAGGUGUUUGUGUGUGUUUUGCAAGGAAAUUAUAUUGCCUCUUUCAGCUGUUACUCCCUUGGAGGGGACCCAGGAUGUAUGUAUUAGUAGUAACACAUAUUUCUUCUAAUCAAAAUGUUACAAUUAAUGUUUUCCAUCCCAAACCUGGACAGGUUUUCCAAACACAUCUUUGUGGCACAAGACUGUCUUUGCCUAAUACAUUUCAACCCAGGGAAUCCUACUCCUCUAUGUUUUAUGAUGUCUUUUUGCACAUCUAGGGACAGUUAUUCAAACUCAACUCAUUCUCUUACAGAUUUUUGAAUCUGUUGUUUUAACUUUCUUUCCAUUGUAUUAGGAAAAUUGAGGAACACAGGUUUUAGCUGGGAGUCUUUGCCUGAGCUAAAAUGUUGUUUGCCUAGAAGUAAAAUAUACAAAUCAACUCAUACUCUUAGGUUUGUAAAAAUCUUGUGACCUUAGCGUGACCUUGUGCUGGUCUUUCUUAGCAGCAGUCUCAUUAUGUCUAGCCAAAAUACUCUUUGAGAAUCUAUCUACUAACAGUGUACAUUUUAGAAACAAAUUCUAAGAUUUUGUGAAUUUGGCUUGGACACUUUAUGAAUGUCCAAUUAGGAAGAAGACUUAAGUAUUCUGUUCUUCGGGCUUUGUAGGUUUAAAGUAUUCCUGAGUGAAAAGUUAUCCUAUAUUGUUACUUCAUUUUGUCAGGAACCCUACAAAUUACAUACAGAGGUCUGAUUUAUGUUGGAAAAGAGGGCCUGGAACAUGCUUUUUUUUGAUCCUACCAUAGUUAGUAUACAUUGGUCAAAGUCCUAUGCAUCAGAAAUCAAUUUCUCCUGCAAAAGGGAUAAUUCCCAAACUUGCUAAUAUCCUCUCUCCUCUUAAAACCUGCCUCCCCAAUGUGGUGUUGCACUGGUCCACAUGAGAGAAUAAGAAGAGAAAGUGGGCAAAAGCUUGAAUGAUAAUCUCUGCUUUUUUCAAUUUAGAAAAAUGUUUAAUUUUCCUAAGUGUCAAGGUUCUGAUAAGAAAAUGUAUAUGCCAAACCAUUUUGGAAAGAAGAAAAAGCAGAUGGCUGGCUGACUUUCUUUACAUUGAAAACAAGACUAAUGAAUUUUAAUUUGGCUGUUCCACUUUUAAAGCAUGGACUGAAGAUUCUUAUGUGUUAUGUACGUAUAUGUGUCAUGUAUUAAGAAACUUUUUUUUUAACCAUUAAGAGUAAUCUGACACACUUGGCCAGAACAUCAGAUACUCAAAUAUUAAAGAUCAUUCUUUAA